AGAUACAAGAAUGCGGCAUCGUGUCAUGUCGUUACAGAAAUAAAAAGGUCUAGGUGUUUGUAGGGAUUCUAGUGAAUUAACGGCGUUCAUACAGGCCACCUAAGCAUCGCUUGUAGUCGUGACUGCAGGAGAUAAGCUCUGUCGCAGUGAGUUGAGGUCCGACCAGCCAUCCAUCCAGCCAGCCAGCCAGCCAGCCGGUCAACCAGCCAGCCAGUCACCAUGGGGAACAUCUUUGGCAACCUGCUGAAGAGCCUGUUAGGGAAGAAGGAGAUGAGGAUCCUGAUGGUGGGGCUGGACGCUGCAGGGAAGACCACCAUCCUAUACAAACUGAAGCUGGGAGAGAUAGUCACCACCAUCCCCACUAUCGGGUUUAACGUGGAGACGGUUGAAUAUAAGAACAUCAGUUUCACGGUGUGGGACGUGGGUGGCCAGGACAAGAUCAGGCCUCUGUGGAGACACUACUUCCAGAACACACAGGGUUUGAUCUUUGUGGUGGACAGCAACGACCGUGAGCGGGUGAACGAGGCUCGGGAGGAGCUGAUGAGGAUGCUGGCUGAGGACGAGCUUCGAGACGCUGUGCUUCUCAUCUUCGCUAAUAAACAGGACCUGCCCAAUGCCAUGAACGCAGCAGAGAUCACAGACAAGCUGGGGCUCCACUCCCUACGUCACCGUAACUGGUACAUCCAGGCCACCUGCGCCACCAGCGGAGACGGCCUGUACGAGGGCCUCGACUGGCUGGCCAAUCAGCUGAAGAACAAGAAGUGAGUGGACCAAUCAGAGGAGAGUGAAGAGAAACCUUAGUGUCAGCUCUUGAAACAGGAAGUGGUAGUUGGUUGUAGUUGAUCCAUUGAGUGAAAAAUCCUGACACGGCGGGAGUGAAAUGUGAUUGGUGUGUGCUGUAGGAGGCGGGCUUAAACUGUACCAUUCCUUGAGGACAUUUUCAACCCGAUGUCAAUUAUUAAAAACAGUUAUCGCCUUUCAGACAUAUGCCAUCAAUGUCAAUACAUGACAUUUCAUACAUAAUUAUGAACACAUUAAUAAGCAUCCCGUUUAAAAAAAAAAACACUAUUGAUGUAUUCAUUAAUUAAUUGAUACAUUAUUUAUUUAUUUAUUUAUGUUAUUUGACUUAUACAUCAGAAUGGAUACUAGCAAUGUUAGUUGGUUUUGGAACACAGUAUUAUGCAUGGUCGUACAGUAAAAGAUCUCUCGGAAAUGAAGUUUGGAAUUGUAUCUGUCUAAUGUUAUCUAUUUAGCCAGUCUUCUGACAGUAUUCUCCUUUUUACACUCAAAUUGCUACUGCUGGUUGGAGCAAUGCAGUAAUGGUAGAUAUUAAUGAACAGUGACAUAGGUUUGUGUAAAACACAUCCAAUAUGCAAGAGCAUGUCAACUGUAUAUUACCCAUUUUACUCAACAAGUACAAACAUAUACCUGAACAAAAAUAUACCUGAACAAUACCUGAAGGACUCAUCGUGGUUGAUAUGUUCAAUUGUAGUUAUCGGGAUUUGUGUAUUCACUGAUAUAUAUCGAUAUAAAGACGGGAUCCGCAUUAGGGGAUACAGCGCCACUGCCCCCCCCCCCCCAGCACCUUUGUUAUUGUUUUGGUUUUGUUGACUAAAUGUAGGUGAGGAGAACCCAAACGGAGGUGAGCAGCUUGGUAAAAUAAUAUAUAUAUAUAUUUGCAGGGGGGGGCUGUGUUUGUUGUUUACAGUAACUUCUUUGCUGUUGUAAUUUCCCAAAUGGAACUCAAAGGAUUCCAGCUUUAACAUUACAGCUUUGUGUAUUACAUUUCCCACAUUGAGUUUAGCUUGAUGCAGCAGUUGUUUGUUUUUGUGGCCUUAUUAUCGCUAGUGUUGAAAACCCCUUAUUCUGAUGAUGGUUUCGUGUGUAAAGUUUAACAUCAAGCGGGACCACAGUUGUGGCAAAAUGUAUCAAUUCAUGUCUUGAUUUUUCCCUCCUUUAACUCAGUUGAGUCUGUGCAAGAAAAACAAAAAACAAAAGUCAUGUUAUAUUACUGUAACAAUGUAAUUACUCAACAUUCCAGUUAAUAAUGUGUAUUAAAAUGAAUUGAAACAGG